AUGUCUUUCGGCUUCUCAAUAGGGGAUAUCAUCCUCCUUAGCCAGUUAGCAUACGACCUUUACGCCACGGUCAGCUCUGGGAGAAAGGCAGCAUCGCGCGACCUGAAAGAGCUUGAAGAAGUGCUCUUCAGUCUGAAAUGCGCUCUAGACCACCUUCGAGAUGUCUCGACCGAGGUACUUGAAAGACCAGGUAUGCGACACGGGGAAUCAGGGCUGAAAGAGAAGCUGGAUGUGAUGAUUGGGUCGUGUGCUGCUACGCUACAAGAGCUGGACGCGGUAACGAAGAAGUAUCGUGUCAUUGAAAGUCAGGCGAGCAAGAGAAAGGCGACAAUGAGUUCCCUAGACGAUGUGAAAAAGAGUAUUCGGGUCAACUGGCAGAGAGUUCGAUGGGACCGUGAGAAGCAGUCUUUACAGCAGUACCGGGAGAAGCUCAAAGUGCAAGAAGCUGAGAUGAAUGCAAGACAUGACGUAGACUCGUCUGAGGUGUUCAGUAUCGCUGCAUACUCGUGGAGCGACUCGGUCUUCGGCGAAUCAUACGGCCCAAAUGCAGAAUCCGUGGGCAGUGCACCUUCAGUGAGUUUGCAUGCGACAUCGGACUUGCCGCGCAGGACGCACAACAGAAGAGCGGUGGAUUCUAUUUCAAAUCAACCAUCAACGAGUUUGGAAGACCAUAUCAAGUUACCGACCGCCACCGUCGCGCUCAACAACGAACGCCGUGCGUUCGGAGCAAAAGAGUUCGAGGCUUUCAAGCAGCAACACACACGACCGAACGAGGUUCCGAAGCCAUCUCUCCUAAAGAGUGUGGCGCCCACCAGUCAAGACCUCCAAGCCUGUAUACCGCAUAUCUUCCGAUCGACAGCAGAAGGUAAACAGCAGACGCAAGAGCUAAAGAACGAGAUGACUCGUUGGACGCAUGAGUUCUCACGAUUCGUCAACGACGGGAAUGCAACACAGAAAUCGAGAGACGAAAGCGUCUUGACGUUGUUGGGAGUGCUGAACGAGGCAAUAGACAGCAGCAGUGGAAAGAUGCGACAACUGUUCUAUGAGACUUCGGACUCGGCGGGCUUCACAUCAGUACUGAACCAGGUCGAGACAAUGUCGAAAAGUGUGAGGGUAAUGAAAGAGAUUGAAGAGUUCCAGGAUGCCAAAGAGGAAUGGUCAGAGCAAACUGUCAGAUAA